AUGAUCAUCAACGAAUAUAGAGUCAUCAACAACUGCACAGAGGAAGAAUACCAAGUUGCUCAAUUAUACGCCACUGCAUUGGCUUCCAAGGAGAAUACAGGAGGCGGAGAAGGUGUAGAGGUCAUCAAGAACGAGCCCUAUGAGAAAGAGAAUGAAAAGGGUCAAUACACUUACAAGAUCUUUCGUCUUGCUUCUCGAGUGCCUGCUAUUGUGAAGGCAGUUGCACCCGCAGGCGCACUUGAUUUGUAUGAAGAGGCAUGGAAUGCAUAUCCUUAUUGCAAAACUGUACUCAAGGUAAGAAUAUUAGUGUAA